AUGUUCGGCAUCCAAUUCGACGCCGCAGGGAUCUACCUCGUCGGCACAACCACGCACCAAGUCCACAUCUCCUUCGAAGAGCUCAUGUCCUCAACAGGAGGAAUCAUCGCCCUGCUCGAAUACGGCCUCACCUGCAAGGUCAUCAAAGCCGUCCUCGGCCGCAUGCGACACCGGGUAUGGCAUCAUUCGAGAAACAACACGCUCGACCCGGACGAGCGCGCCACGAUGUGGAUCGAUAACUCCGGGCCGGCGGCAUACGAAGUGCGGCAUGGGGAUGAGUCGAUCCGAGUGACGCCGCAGGAAUUGGAAUCGUCGAGGUUCGGAUUGGUGAUGAAGAAAUAUUGGGAUGGGGGCUUGGCGGGACCGAGUCGUUGGUUGGAAGGUUGA